UUUAGAGAUGAUGUUCUUCUCCGUAUUAAAAGACUUGGGUACAAUGCUUUCAGAUCAUGGAUAUUCAAGAGCACUCAUAUUAUGCUAGCUUCGGGUACCAUGUGACAAACUUCUUUGCACCUAGUAGUCGCUUUGGAACCCUUGAUGACCUCAAGUCACUGAUAGAUAAGGCUUAUGAGUUGGGUAUACUUGUUCUUAUGGAUAUUGUGCACAGCCAUGCUUCCAAUAAUUUGUUAGAUGGGCUAAACAUGUUUGAUGGAACUGAUGGUCAUUACUUCCACACGGGGUCAAGGGGUCAUCACUCGGUGUGGGAUUCUCGCCUUUUUAAUUAUGGAAGCUGGGAAGUACUGAGGUAUCUUCUUUCAAAUGCAAGAUGGUGGCUGGAGGAGUAUAAGUUUGAUGGGUAUAGAUUUGAUGGUGUGACUUCAAUGAUGUACAUCCAUCAUGGGUUGCAGUAUUAUAUCUGUUGA